AUGAAAUUGCGUAUCGCACGACGCGCCCUAUCAUCUCUCCGAGAGCUAAGGUCCCAAAAAUUUGAGGGUCUUCGCUCAAGAACGCCUGCCCUCCGUUCAGCAUCACCACAACCGUUUUCAACGCCUACCUCCCUUCCUAUGGUUCGCGACAACCUCGCCUAUCGCACGCUCAAGACCCCCUCCGAGAAAACGACACCACCCGAUCUUAAUUACGAGCAAUUCUUCCGCUAUACAAGCGGAAGAUGGCUCUGGGAUGAAGAUCAACAAUUUCGGGACAGGUAUAAGCCCUUCGAUGUCGCCGGGUUACAAGGCUUAGCGGCCAAAACUAUCGGAGCAGACAGCUGCGUCUCAAUAAUCAAGUUGGCAGAGGGAGGAUACAACAAGGUCUUCCGUUUGAUUAUGAAUGAUGGGAGAACAGUGCUUACCCGUAUCCCUAAUCUAAAUUCCGGACCCCUAUUUCAUACGACUGCUUCCGAAGUCGCUACUAUAGAGUUUAUAUGUUAA